ACUUCAUAUAAUAUGGCUGUUGAACUCUAUCAUAAUCUAUCACCAUUCUACAAGGAAUUAGCUAGAAAAUCUUUAUCAGAAAAUCCAUCACAUGUUAGUGCACAUCUAAGUGCUUUUAAACGAUGGUUAAGCUCAUGUCCACAUUUAACAGUUCCACAAGAUGAUAUUUUUCUACUUGGCUUUCUGAGAUAUGCACAUUUUGAUCAUGCAACUGCACAGAAACGUAUCGACAAUUUCUGCAGUAUACGCUGUUCAGAUAAACAUGGAAUGACAGAAUGGUUUGAUUAUCCUGAAUUGACUGAUCCUAUUGUUGAUGAAUAUUUUCAAUCUGGAAUAUUGGUACCUCUGGGGAUUAUAGAUAGUGGAGUACAAAUGUUUCUGCUCAGGUUGAAUGCUUGGCAUUCGGAACGUCUACCACAAGUAAAAAUGAGAGCUAUGAAUAAUAUGAGUUUUGAAAGAUUCAUUGUCGAUGAAAGAUCCCAAAUUGGCGGGAUUGGCAUUUUUAUUGAUCUAUCAAAUGCAACCUCCAAGCAAAUUGGUGAUUGGACAGAUGCUAAGACAGCUAAAAGAGCAAUGAAACUAUUGCAGGAAGCUACUCCUGGACGUACAAAACAUCUUAUAUUCUAUAAAGAAUCAAAAGCAUUCGAUAUUGCUUUCAAAGUUUUUGAAUUUUGGUUAAGCGAUAAAAUGCGUCAACGUAUUUUAAGGGUUAAAGAUGAUAAAGAAAAGGCAUUUAAGAAAAUACCUGGUUUACAAAAUGUAAUGCCUGAGGAAUACGGUGGACAAAAUGGUCCAAUUAAUGAUUUAAUCGCUAUGGAUAAAAGAAACUUUAAAGAAUUCUAUUCACAACCACAGCGUCUGAAUGAUAUUAAAGUGGAUGAAUCUAAACGACCACUUUCUGCUCAGAAUUAUAUGCGUGAAUACAAAGAUAUGGAAGGCAUGACAAUGGGCAAUCAGGAACAUUUAUACAAAUGAAUCCUGAUGACUAAUCUGUUCAGGUGCUUCUCAGAAAUAACAAGUGAAUUUGGACAGAUACUGUAACCUAAUCCAAUAAUAUUUAUUAUCUAGGUUUGAUGAAUUACUUCUGAAUUCCUUUAUUUCGAUGGAGAAUAACAUCCCUUUUCUUGUAAUAACUUUUCAUUAUUACUACGUUUUAUACCACAGUCCGUAAUUCUUCCAAUGUUUGUCUUCCUUUGUUAAUUCUCCACUAUUUCCAUGAAUCAGUCCUAUGAAUAGCCGUAUACUUACCUUUAGAAUUCUACAAAAGUAAACUGUACAUGUCUUCAUCAUUUUCUCCACUGUUAACAUUAUUAUAUUUAUCCUACCUCUUUUUGCCAUCAUCGUCGUUAUCGAUACAUUUCUUGCCACAUUUCAUCAGCAAAAUAUAUCAAUGACUAAAUGGAUUAUGUUUGUU